AUGCCAGUUGAAAACACUUAUCCUGUCAUCACAGAUCAAAUACAAGCAGAACCUGCACAAGCCAUCAAGUAUUGCUCGUCUUGCGACCACCCGCUUGACUUCUCCAAUGCUGUGCUUGUACAGGACGACCACGAUUCCAACACCAUUUGUGCUUGGUGUCGCGAUACGCAGUUGCAAAUGCAACAAGAUGACAAUCUUUUCGCAUUUAAUGAUGUCGGCCCCCCCGUUGUCCGACCUACGCUUCCUACAAUCGCCCCCCAGCUGAAUAGCGUACCGCUCGUUCAUAUUCCAGACGACGGCAUUUUUGGCGACGAUAUGGAUAUGGACGAAGUUUCUACACCCAGUCAGACAGCCUCCUCUCCUUACACUCCAAUUUCUGUGCCAUCUUGCACCCCCUCUAUUUAUUCGCAAUCGAGCAUACCCGCUACCCCGAAACCCUUAGUGCUAUCCAUUCACACCCAUGCUACAACACCUUCAAGACCACUUUCCCGCCAGUCCCGCAAUCACGCCUCCACGGAUUCUCGCUCUCCCUGUCUAAAUACCUCCUACUCUUCUCCGGAUCCUCUUCUCGACAUUACCCAUAUUCGCGUGCGCCCGCAAGGCCAUCAUUGCUUAUAUCCUGGCGCUGUGUUCCAGGGUACACAGAAAAGUGGCAGGAAUAGCUACGACGUGAAUGUCAAUAUCGUUGAUGUGGAUUUCUCUUCCUCGUUUCUUUGCGGGUACCUCCGCAUUCGCGGUUUGACAGAUGACUGGCCUGAAUUGACCACUUACUUUGACGCAGAAAUCAUAGGCAGCCGCUAUGGAUUCUUGACACAAAACUGGGGCGCCAAUGAGCAGGAGGACAUGGUCCAUUGGCAGCGGUUCCCUGCUUUCCGGCAUGUCAAGAACGAGUUGAAAAAGCCUAACCUGACCAUCCCCGAUCGCGAUCGUGGUGCAGUCUUUAUGAGAUGGAAAGAACGGUUUUUGGUACCCAACCACAGAGUACAAGAUAUCAAUGGCGCAAGCUUCGCAGGCUUCUAUUAUGUUUGUGUCGAUUUCAAUCCCCAGCCGCCUACAUCCACAUCCACGCUUCGCCCAGUGACGCAGUCCGUUCCGCUCGAGAAUGACGGAAUUAAUGACCUGCCGUUGCCCCAUUCACCGUCCCUCGGGAAAACAGAGACACUCCCUACUGCGCGGAAGCGGAGGGAUUCCAGCGUCAGACGAGGAGGUCGAGGGGUGUCAGUUGGACCACGGUCACAUCCUCCUGCUGCAACAAUGAGCGGAUUUUAUUUCCAUCAGAACUCAGAACCAUAUCAACAGCUGUCUCUUAGUCACGUCCCGGAACGCUUUAGCUCCAGCUUUGAGUUUCGUUGA